AUGUCGGCCACUUCAACUCCAAUCUCUCCAACCUCCAGUUCUUCUAACAAUGCAAGCGGAGAAAAACAAGCUCCUACUUUGGCUGAAAUGGUUAAACAAUUAAAUACAGAAAAACUUAUAGAAUUUUUGCGUGGUGAAGAUUUGCAACUUACUGAUCCUCAUUUCGAAAUCUUACGCAAAGAGGAAAUUUCCGGUCGUACAUUUUUUAAGACUACUAAGGAUGAAUUUCGUAGCUUAGGAUUGAGUUUUGGACCUGCGACGGCUCUCGUGGAGUUUGCAAAAGAAGUCAAGGAUAAAAAAUUGAGAGCAUUUUCGUCAUAUCGCACUCUAAAAGAUUUUAAGGAAGUUUUGGCGAAGUAUGGUAUUGACAGUAAUUGCAUAACAAGUAUUCCACAAUUUCAGCCGGGAUUACACGCGCUCGAUGAGAAAGACGAAGUGCUUCGCCACUGCAUCUCGGAUAUAUUAUUAAAACUGGAGAACAUGGGAACAGUAGCCGACAGCAAUGAAGGCAUGCGUAGAGAAUAUAUUUCUUCAAUUCUUCAUGCGUCAGUUCGUAUAGCAAGAAAGAUUACCGGUAAAGAGAUAAUAAUCCGUUUAGAACAAGAAAUCAUAGGUGAGCAAUCAUCUGGUCGAGCCGACUAUGGUAUAACGGAUACAGAAGAUUUAUUAUGUGUAGCAGAAGGUAAACAAAAUUUACCGGCCAUCGGAUUUGCACAAAACCUUGUCCAACUGGAAAGUUCCUGCCAGACGAAUUUGAAAAAACAAAAGAAACGUAAGGCGAGUGAUGCCUUUGGUGGGGAUGACUAUGAAUAUUUAUACGGCAUAGUUUCAACGGGUACGGAUUGGUACUUCAUAUUGUAUACGACUGAAGGUAUUUAUUGUACUAGUGAAACAGAAUACCAUAUUUCGCUCACUAAAUCAGCACUCAAGGAUGAUGCGGAUCUGAAAAGGAAUGUAAAGAAAGUAAUGGAAAUUAUUGUGGGUUUGCUGAAAGAUAGAAUAACGGUAGAAAAAGCACCUGAUGCUAAAAGGCGUCGAGUUGAAGAAAAAUAUAAGUCGGAGCAUUAA